CGUGAGAGAAGUGGAGUGUGUGUGCGUAAAACACUCAUCGAGCGGACACGCAGCGAGUGAUUGAGUGUGUGUUCGCGGAGGGGAAGUUUUGUGUGUCUUUAUCAGAACUUUCUCAUGUUGGACGCGUCAGAGCCGAUCAACAGAGCCCAGCGCGUGAGUGUGUGUGUGUGUGCACGUGUGUGUGUGUGAGUGUCUGUGAGGCUGACGUGGUCUCCGAUUGUUCUGAUGGCUGUCGUGAUCUUCACUUUGCUGUUGUUCCUCACUCAAACUCCUCCCAUCGCUCUGCGACCUACCUCUGCCCCACCCACAAACGGCACACGCCAGCUGCCCGACAUCAUCAUCAUCGGCGUGAGGAAGGGCGGAACACGUGCUCUGAUCGAGAUGUUGAGUCUCCACAGCGCUGUCGUCACCGCUCCACACGAGGUUCACUUCUUCGACUGGGACAGUCACUACCGGCGCGGUCUGGACUGGUACCGCUCGCAGAUGCCCUACGCACGACCGGGCCAACUGACGGUGGAGAAAACGCCCGCGUACUUCACCUCCAAAGGGGUCCCGGAGCGCGUUCUGCAGAUGAAGCUGGACGUCAAGCUGCUGCUGAUCGUACGAGAGCCGACGGAGCGUCUGCUUUCGGAUUACACGCAGGUGUCCCACAACCGUCUGGAGAAACACAAACGACAGCAACUGCUGGAGACGCUGCUGCUGCGCGACGGACAGCUGAACCUCAACUAUAAAGCCCUGAACCGCAGUCUGUACCACGUCCACCUGCAGCGCUGGCUUGGCGUGUUCCCUAGAGACCGUUUACACCUGGUGGACGGAGACGCGCUCAUCAGAGAUCCUCUGCCGGAGAUGAAGAAGGUGGAGGAGUUCCUUCAGUUAGACCCGCAGAUCAACGCCUCCAACUUUUACUUCAACAAGACCAAAGGGUUCUUCUGUCUGCGGGACGGCGGUCGAGAGAGGUGUUUGCACAGCUCGAAAGGUCGAGAACACCCUCAAGUGGCGCCUGAAAUCCUCCAGAAACUCUACGAAUACUUUGACGAACCGAACAGGAAGUUCUUCGAGCUGGUCGGAAGGACAUUUGACUGGAAGUAGAGACGGUGCAAAGUGUCUCUAUAUAAAGCCGGAGGUGUACUUCGAUCAGACGCAAACGUUCUCCAUACAGGAUGCUUGAUGCAUGUUUCAUCAGAGUAUUCGUGCACUGAACACGUGCUGCCGAUUGUUCUAACCGCACUUGCACCUGGAGGUUCACAAGGUGGCAUCGCUCACAUUUGAGCGUGAAGAAGCUCUUGAUCGAAGUAUUCUUUGAGCUACAGAACAAGUCUGUUUCAGGAAAGUAAAUAGUCAUGUUUGAUUUCAUGUUGACUUUGUUGCUGGGUUUUGCCAUAUAGAAAAACAUAUAGUCUGAUAUAUGAACAUAUGCAUGUGAAAUAAAUCUAUUUUUAUACAUUUAAGACAUUUAAAAAUGCAGCAUUACAGGAAUUAUUCUUUAAGUAUUCUGUUUUUACAAUG